AUUGUCACGGCCCAUCGUUUUCUACAAGUACGUCUUACGAGAAUAACGAAUUCCCUUACCGCCUGUACGCCGCCGGUCGACGCUGAACUAUCUAGACUCUCGGAGAUCGACUCCACCAUAAUCUAAUCCGAGCCUACACAUGGAAGUUCCAUCCUCGACCUCCAAGGUCACAGUAACCUACUGGGACCCCUCCGGGCUUUUCCCGCUGAUUCAAUCCGAUCUUCGCUCCCGUUUACCCCUGCGCAAUCUUCACUGGAAGGCUCCAGCGCGACCUCUACGUUCCAUAAAUUCCCUUCAUGUUGAGCUAACUCCUUACCUCUCGCCCGCCAGCAAAGAUCCUGGAUUCGCUGGGGGUGCCGGACAUCAGAAGGAACGGAGGCAUCAGAUACCCGGACUACGGAAUACCCCCUAUCUGAAGAUUCUCCUCCUACGGUGCGAUGACAACGAUAGUUACAAGAACGUAGCUAGGAAGGCGUUACGGGAGUGGGUGUCGGAGCACACGACCAGCGCAUCGAAUGAGAACAAACAACAUGAUGCUUUCGAAUGGCUAAUAAUCCAUGUGGUUCUUCCUGGAACCCCAGCAGCACAACAACCUAGGUCGUCCUCGUCCGCAUCGAAUACUUCUGGGAGCUCGCGGUGGAUUAAAGGGAACACAACUUUACUGGACAAGAUUCGCAGCGAUUUCAAUUCCGGAAAUAACAAAAAGGAUAGGGUUGUUCAGAUACGCAUCGGCCCUAGUCAUCCGGCAUUAGCUACUCUGAGUCCUCCAGUCCUAGUUGGGAACCAAAUUGUACCUGCUACGGAAAGCCCUACGGAAAGUGAGAUGGCGUGGUUGGAUCUCAUUGCCAAGUUAAAGACUCAGAUACUGGCUAGUUUUGAUGCAAGAGUUAGCCAGUAUGAGGAGGAUAUUAGGGAGAAAGAUAGCCAGCGGAGACUCCCGGGGUGGAACUUUUGCACAUUUUUCGUCCUUAAGGAAGGCCUUGCGAGAGCAUUUGAAUCUGUCGGGCUGGUUGAGGAUGCUCUGAUUCUCUACGAUGAGUUAGGUUUUGGAUUGGAUGCCGUUGUUCGGGAUCAGCGAGAUAAAGAGAAAAUCGAGGGAGAUCCUGAAGGCGUGGUUGGAGGAAACUUUGUCGGUUGGACAAAAGAGAGCAUUAAGUGGAUUGAACAAGCAAGGAGGCGGCGGAAGGCUCGAUUGGAAGGCAGGAAGGGUGAAGAGCAGGAAGAUGUAGAUGACGAGACACCCGUGGGCUCCGAAAAGAAGCCUUAUCGAGAGCUGAUACUAUCGAACGAAAUAUCCCUAUUCGACUUUAAGACGUAUCUAUUUGCGCGGCAAUCUACACUGUUACUUCGCCUGGGGAAGGGCAAUGGGAUGGAUGGCGUGGAGGUACCGAUACCUAUUAGCGGAUAUUCUUUACAUGAGGCAGCGGCAGUAGCGGCAGGAAGGCCCGAAGAGGAUCUCACUAGAUUGUCAGAAGUUCUUAAGCGUGGAGUGGAAUUCGUCACAAGUGUGGGCCGUAUUUUACGGGCGGAUCUCUGGACUUCCUACCAUUCUUCAACCGAAGGCGAGGGUGACAAAGAGCAGGAGCAAAAGGAUGUCACCUGGGUCAUUGACAAUAUCGUGUCAUCUUGGGUCUUUGCUGUUUGUCAACAAUUACUCAAGCAGACUGCAUCUGCAUCACUCCCCGAGGGCCCCAACACCUCUACCCCCAUUGCAGCCACAUCUUCGACUCCAUUUCCGAGGAGAAGUAGCAGCCUUCCACCAACUCCGAACCCAGAAGCUACUAGCUUUACACAGGUCAUUCAGACAUCUGUCACGGGGCUAGAGGACUUUGCUGCGGUAAGGGCAGAUUUAAUGCUGCUAGCUAGGGGGGUUGUCGAAACUUUUGGAAAGCGGCAAGGAUGGGUAGGAAAAAUGGGGUGGUUUUAUCUUCCUGAAGAACACGUUAAGGACGCGGGCAUGGUUGGAGUUGACUUAGGUAAAGGUGAUAAGGAGGUUGAAAAGAAGGAAGAGAUUUGGGGCGUUGAAGGAAUUCGAAAUGCAACCUUGAGGAGAGUUGUUGAGAAAGAGGAGGAGGAGGAGUUUUAUACAAUUUUCGAGGAAUUGAGUGAGAAGGCGAUGAAGAACUAUAGUAUCGCCAAGAGAACCAAGAGCUGCGAGAGGGUUGAAUCUGACCUGGCCGCACUGAGCUUCCACCUGAAAGAUUAUGCCUCCUCCGUCAAGCACCUUGAGAAGAUGACGAAGUUCUACGCCGACCAAGGGUGGGGCUUGAUUGAGACGACGCUGUUGGGAAUGUACGCCAAGUGCUUGAGGGAGAUGAACAGAUCAGAGGAUUAUAUUAAAGUACUUUUGAAGUUGCUCGCGAAAAGUUCCGCAGCAGAAAGGGCUCGUCUUCGCCGAAGAGGUAUAACGGCGCUUGAUGGCGACGAGAGAGCUGCGUCGGUUGACACUUUGUUCGAUGGUCAACAUCUUGAGGAGGUUGGCGUAGAUGGCUGUGUUGAAAAGAUCAUCACUUUGUCACUAGAGAUUGAAAAGGAGAUCACAACACCAAUGUCUCAUUUCUGGGACAACAUUGUUGUUGACCCGUAUCCUAGACAUCUAGAUGAUAGGGAUGGUUUUGAAGUCCUGGUCAAGAUGCGUUAUCUCCUCGAGGAAGAAAUGGAGGUUCAAAAGCUUAGAGUUAGGAUCGUCAAUACCAUUGGGCAGGUAAAAGAGGUAUGGAUGGACGCUCUAGGGCCAAUCACCAUGAAGAGGGGUGUUGUCAAAGUUUUCGCAAGGAGCAGCAUAACAAUUCCCGGAAGCUAUAUCGUGGACAAAAUUAUCCUGAUAGCCAACAAUCUCCACUUUGUUCACGAACUCAUAACGAAAUCCGCUCCGAAUACGGCUCUCAGUUUGGGAUCCACGUCGAUACCCGCUGUGCCCACGGUCAAGAAGAUGAAGUUAUUGUUCUAUCCAGCACCUAGGAGUUUAGUGGUUAAAUUGGAGGCGCCAAAGCAGAUACAUCUAGAACAUAUGAAAGCAACCGAACUUGUCCUAGACCCUGGCAAGAACAAUGUAGCCAAGGGUGAAAUUCGGCUUCGAUCAGCGACUGCUGGGUUAAGGCUUAUGACGGCGAGUGUGAGGUUCCUCGAAGGAUUAGAUGUUGUUUCUACGGGAGAUAAGCCUGGAGUAUUUGCCCUCAAGGAUUUAACCCAACAGAAGAAUGUGCGAUUUAGAAUCCCAUAUACUAGCGAAAACGAGUUGACAGAACUGGCUAUCAAGGUGGAGGUUGACUACGAUACCGAUAACGGAAACUUCUUUUACGCCGACGGGUUGAGUGUUCCUGUGAUCUUACCUCUAGCUGUCAAUGUCCAGGAUGUAUUCAAGCCAAAUGCCUUGUUUUCCAGAUUUCAGGUAUCAACAGCUAUUCCUGAUGUCCCUUUGCGGGUUUUGAAGGCGAGUUUGGAGGGCUCAAGAACUUUUGGGGCUUGUAGUGGUGUAGGGACUGAGGGAUCUAUGGUGGUUUUUGCUAAACAGCCGGCUUCGUUUGUGUACAAAAUCACUCGGAAAACUGGAGAUGACGUACCCAAAGACAAAGAACCACAGCCUCUGGCAUUGACAAUUGAAUAUAGAAGUCUUGAUGAAGCAGAGGUCCAAGACUCAGUUGUGGCGGCCUUUAGUUCUCAACUGGAAGAGGCUGGACUAGACCUUUAUUCUCGUUUGCUAGUACCCAUACUGAUUACUAGACUACGCCAUAGAACAGCCCACGACUUGGAAGCUGCGGGACUGCUCAAUGAAGUAAAGUUAGGCAAAUAUGACAAUUAUAACUGGGAUGAAGCUCUAGAGUCAAUUAGCCCCGCCAACGGCGCACGAGAAAAAGCCGAAGCCUGGCUUAGAGAAUUCUACGAGAAAAACUCUAUAAUAAAACUCGACCCCGAAACCCCUCCCGAAAACCUCGUCCUAACCACGCGCUCGAUAAUAAUCCCUGUCGAUGUCCCCCAACUACAGGUAAUCCAUACAGUAGACAUCCACAUCCUCUCCGACACCAACUCCACCACCCUCUCCUCUCCAUACGCACCACCAAUGGUAACCGUCGGACAACCCAUUCCCGCAGAAUUAAUAAUCCGCCACUCCCGUAGCUGGAACUCCCUGGAUGUCAAAAAUGGCGAAGUUGAAAUCGGCAACGACGAUGAGCUAGAAUUCUUUUAUGAGAUCCAGCAUUCCCUCGAGGUAUGGUUGGUGUCGGGCAGGAAGAGAGCGCAUUUUUCGGCGAAGGAAGGGCAGGUUCACAAGUUUCCGGUUUUGCUGGUGCCAUUGAAGGCGGGUAAUUUGCUGCUGCCGAAUGUGGAGGUUAAGCAGGUUGUCCCGAUAGAACAAGGCGGAGAGGGCGCUAGUUGCGAAACGGAUUAUAGAAGUAAUGGGGAGAGUGUGCUGGUUUUGCCGGAUGUUAGGAGUACCACUGUUAGGAUUGACUCCCCGUUUGGGGAGGACGGGUUUAGGAGCCCUGCCUCUGUGCGGUAAUGGGAGGGGGGGGGACCCGUACGUGCGUUGAAUAGAUGUGAUAUCGUGACACCUGUGAAUGGGGAGUUUCUUGUUUCGGGUCUUGUUUUUUGUUGGCUGUUAGUCGCAAUUUCCCUACGUAGGGGGUCAAUUAGAGGCUGGUAUGCU